UUCUGGUCUGAAGUAAAGGAUGUCACCAUGGAGAUGCCAUAGUCUAGAGCGGCGCGUGAACUGUGGCCAAUCACAGCCUUCGCGUUUUUAUAAAUGACAGUUUGAAUCGUGCGUCAUUCUGUUGUAGCGGCAGAAAGUCCAAACAACGGAAAACGCAAAGGAUAAUGCUCUGUAGACACCGUUACUGCUUCCUGUGCCGUUCGUCUUAUAACUUCCGGGGUCUGUCUGGGGCGCCUCUGUUCUCCCUGGUCUGUUAGGAAGGUAACUUGCGCGCGAGUAGGCGUAUUGCGCAACGAUUCCACUUUCUCCCCUUCCUCAUGUGCCUUUGCUCCCAUGUAGGUGAAUAAACAGGCGCCUGAUGAUCCGGCUUCGCCUGAUGCGCCCCACACACCCUCUUCCCCAUACCCCAGCGAAGUAGGAGGGAGGAGCCUUCAGACAGCCCUUCCCCACCGAGGCUCGGGGCGAAGCGGCGGGCGCAUCUGUCGCGGCUUCAGUCUGGGGAGAAAGGAAGGAGCCCUCGAGCGCCCAGCCCGGGCCCUUGUUUUAGCCAAGGGCUCGCUAAACGCCUUCCCUUCCCUCCAGUCUGACGAAAUCAGGUGCCAUGUCCACCCAGGAUGAUGAAGCAGGAAAGGAUGCGGCUUUUGGAGCAGAGCAUCUGGCAGCGGAAUCCAUGGCAGCAGACAUGGAUCCCUGGGUGGUCUUUGACGCCCGGAAGACUCCACGGGCUGAAUUUGAGGAAUGGCUGCAAACCUACCAGCCAUCCCGGGUCUUGCGCUUUGGCAAUCCAGAGCGCAAUGCAGAACCUGUGGGUUGGAUUGCAGUCUAUGGGCCUAGUUUCUCUCCUGAAAGUGGGGAUGUGGUAGGGUUGCAGGAGGACUGGGAGCAGCUGCAGGUUAGUGGACGCCACAUCACCUUUGAUACCAUCAAAGAGCUGGCCCUCAACCGGCGUGUGCUGACAGGGAAGUGGCUGAUGCAUCUGGACAGCGGCUUUAAGGUGGAUCAUGCCUGGUGUGGCAUUGCCCAUGCUGUGCUGGAUGGACGCAUUGGAGUGGCUAAGGCCAGCCCCUGCAGUCCUGAGCCGGAACGCAAGCAGGUCAUCUGUGUCUACACGGAUGAUUUCACCAAUGAGGAGCAGGUGUUGAGUGCUGACGCCGUCAUUCGUUCCACGGGUAUCAAGUGCUUAUUGUCCUACAAGCCUGAUGUUUAUACUUAUCUGGGCAUCUAUCGUGACAACUGUUGGCAUCUCUGCCCCACCAUCUAUGAGAGCAAGUUUGAUCUUGAGUGUAUCCCCCGCCGCUCCCGCAUCAUCGACAAAGUGAACAACAUGGAAGUAACUUAACUCACCCCCUUGAUGUGCAGCACUUCCAGUGGGAUGGUGCUAUUACCAGGAACUACAAGUCCCAGCAUGCAGUGCUCACUUAAAAAAAACAAACCUAGAGACCAGGUUCCUUCCAAGCAGUGGCUGGGAGGAGACCAGUGCAGCCUUUACAGACAGAAUGGGUGCCGUAUGUGCCACCCAUGCAUUUGCUCUUUUUAGCCAGUGCGCUGAAGGAACUAUGUUUAAGGUGCCACAGAAAAGACAUUUCAUUUGUCUCUUAAAAGUGAACUUGUAGCCAGCGCUUGCUGUCCUCUUCUGUUUCUAAGUAUCUGCUAAUGUGCAUUUUUGCACUUCUGCCUGUGUGUAUCCUGCCAUAAAGCCUCAGGGGCAGAACUCCAGGCUCCUGCGCUUCCUUUGGUGCUAAGCCUCUCAUGGCUGCAGCCCUCCCCUGUGGUGGAUCAGCAGACAGAUUGCUUUGGGGGCCAAAAAGUGGCAACACAGUAAGUCAUGUGUUCGACUUUGGAUGAUGAUGUAGCAGUGUCCGAGUGCUCUACCUUCAUGGCGCUUUUCUUGCAGCAGAAUCACAACAUAUUCCAUGAAACUUGAAAAUGCAUAUGAUAGGCUGGUUGAACAGAAGGUGUUUGCACUCGAUGUGGGAGACAGCGAUCUGUUUACAGAAUGGUUGGAAAACGAUGUCUUCAGUUUUCCAGCUUCAGUCUCUAUCUAGGGCAUCUCUUCCUAAUGGAAUGGUGUUUAAAUUUGGGGGAGAAGCUAAAGGCAGACUUCUUCCUACCUCCUGCAUGCACGCAGAUUGUUGGGAGUGCUAGCGUCUCCUACAAUUGGGGGUUGCUAAACACGUUUGGAGACUCACUGUUAAGUGAAAGACUCAUUUGGUCAAAGAGGAAGUGGCUCUCUUGCAUGUGUCCUGUUGAAGACGUGGCAGAUACAUUUGGCUCACUGAGGCAUUCACUUGUAAAAUGGGUUGAAAAUAAAACCACAUUUUUCUCUUCUG